AUGGUCAGCUCCUGUUGUGGCUCUGUCUGCUCUGAGGAGGGCUGUGGCCAAGGCUGCUGCCAGUCCAGCUGCUGCAGGCCAACCUGCUGUGUGUCCAGCUGCUGCAGACCCAGUUGCUGCAUUUCUAGCUGCUGCAGACCCCAGUGCUGUCAGUCUGUGUGCUGCCAGCCCACCUGUUGCCGCCCCAGCUGCUGCUGCCCCAGCUGCUGCAUUUCUAGUUGCUGCAGGCCGUCCUGCUGCCGCCCCAGCUGCUGCAUUUCCAGCUGCUGCAGGCCUUCUUGCUGCCGCCCCAGCUGCUGCAUUUCCAGCUGCUGCAGACCUUCCUGCUGCCACCCCUGUUGCUGUCGUCCCAGUUGCUGUCGCCCUACCUGUUGCAUUUCUAGCUGCUGCAGGCCUUCCUGCUGCCACACCACCUGCUGCCGCCCCACCUGCUGUGUAUCCACCUGUUGCAGACCCCAGUGCUGCAUCUCCAGCUGCUGCCGCCCCACAUGUUGCCAGACCACUUGCUGCCGCCCAGCAUGCUCUAGCUGUUCUUGCUGCUGA